CGGGCUUUUAAGUAGGGUUUUCGUAGCCGUUAUUCCAAAACCGACGAACAGAGUUAGGACAGAGAGGUCAGAUUUUUCUGUUUCUAUCAACCUUUAUUCUUCAUCAUCAUCAUCACAGCCGUCCAAUUCGUCCUCACUCUCUUCGCCGUCUUCUCUUCGAUUUCGGCUUCCGGCUUCCGAAAUCGAGGUUGUCGACGGCCUCUAGGAUGGUGGAACCGGAGAUGCAACCACAAGACCCGAUGAAGAACGUAAGCAAUCAGAAGGCGGAAUCAGAGACGGUAGAAGACCCCGAGAAGAAGAAGAAAAAAGAAGAAAAGGCAAGGGAUAAAGAGUUGAAAAAACUUAAGGCUGCACAAAAAGCAGAAGAAGCAAGACUUAAGGCACAACAAGCAUCUAAUACUCCAAAAGUGGGUAAGCGAAAGAACUUGAAGAAGGAGGGAGGGGAAGAAAAUCCUGAGGAUUAUGUUGACCCGGAAACUCCUUUUGGUGAGAAGAAACGUCUUUCUAAACAAAUGGCUAAGCAAUUCAAUCCAAGUUCUGUGGAGAAUUCAUGGUAUCCGUGGUGGGAGAAAUCAGGCUUCUUUGUGGCAGAUUCUAGCAGCUCCAAACCGCCAUGUGUGAUUGUUCUGCCACCUCCAAAUGUGACUGGAGCCCUACACAUAGGCCAUGCCCUUACUUGUGCCAUCCAGGAUACUAUUAUUCGCUGGCGCAGAAUGUCUGGAUACAAUACCUUGUGGGUGCCUGGGAUGGACCAUGCGGGAAUAGCGACCCAGGUGGUUGUGGAGAAGAAAAUCAUGCGAGAAAGGAAACAAACCAGACAUGAUGUUGGCCGUGAAAAAUUCGUAUCAGAAGUAUGGGGUUGGAAGAAUGAGUAUGGUGGUACCAUAUUGAAGCAACUAAGAUGCCUGGGUGCCUCUCUUGAUUGGUCCCGCGAGUGUUUUACAAUGGAUGAGAAAAGAUCCAAGGCUGUUAUAGAGGCUUUUGUUAGGCUUUACAAUGAAGGUCUUAUUUAUAGGGAUCUGCGGCUAGUGAAUUGGGACUGCAUCUUACGAACAGCAAUAUCUGAUAUUGAGGUAGAUUAUUUGGAUAUCAAAGAAAGGACCCUGUUAAAGGUUCCUGGUUAUGAAAAGCCAGUGGAGUUUGGUGUUUUGACAUCAUUUGCUUAUCCUUUAGAAGGAGGACUGGGUGAGAUUGUUGUGGCCACUACUAGAGUGGAAACAAUGCUUGGUGAUACAGCGAUUGCGAUACAUCCUGAUGACCCAAGAUACAACCAUCUUCAUGGAAAAUUCGCCAUUCAUCCAUUCAAUGGAAGAAAGCUUCCUAUAGUUUGUGAUGCAAUACUUGUUGAUCCAAAUUUUGGGACUGGUGCUGUCAAGAUAACACCAGCCCAUGAUCCUAACGAUUUUGAGGUUGGGAAGCGCCAUAAUCUUGACUUUAUUAAUAUAUUUACUGACGAUGGGCAAAUAAAUAGUAAUGGUGGUCCUGAGUUCGUAGGGAUGCCACGUUUCAAAGCACGUGAGGCUGUGACCGCAGCUUUACAGACAAAGGGACUCUACAGAGGUGCCAAAAAUAAUGAGAUGCGCCUUGGCAUUUGUUCAAGAACCAAUGACGUGGUGGAGCCCCUAAUAAAGCCUCAGUGGUACGUAAGCUGCAACAGUAUGGCCAAACAAGCCCUUGACGCAGUCUUUGAUGAGGAAAAUAAGAAAAUGGAGAUCAUUCCGAGACAAUAUGCUGCUGAAUGGAAAAGAUGGCUUGAAAAUAUUCGUGAUUGGUGUGUCUCAAGACAGCUAUGGUGGGGGCACCGUAUUCCUGCAUGGUAUGUGACACUGAAGGGUGAUGAACUGAAAGAACUUGGUGCAUACAAUGACCAUUGGGUGGUUGCUAGAACUGAGGAAGAGGCUCGGAUAGAGGCCAGUCGAAUAUUUUCUUGCAAGGAAUUUCAGCUUGCUCAAGAUCCUGAUGUUCUGGACACCUGGUUUUCUUCUGGUCUUUUUCCAUUGACUGUGUUAGGUUGGCCAGAUGAUACAGACGAUUUGAAGGCAUUUUAUCCCACAUCCGUGCUUGAAACUGGGCAUGACAUUCUCUUUUUCUGGGUUGCUCGUAUGGUGAUGUUAGGAUUUAAGCUGGGAGGUGAUGUACCUUUCAGGAAGGUUUAUUUGCACCCCAUGAUUCGUGAUGCACAUGGACGUAAGAUGUCCAAGUCUUUAGGAAAUGUUAUUGAUCCUCUUGAAGUCAUAAAUGGAAUAACCCUUGAAGGUCUUCAAAAGAGACUGGAAGAGGGCAAUUUGGAUCCAACAGAAUUGGAAGUUGCAAAAGACGGACAAAGAAAGGACUUCCCUAAUGGUAUUCCUGAAUGCGGUGCUGAUGCUCUGCGUUUUGCCCUUGUCUCUUACACAGCUCAGUCUGAUAAAAUAAAUCUGGACAUCCAAAGGGUGGUCGGCUAUCGACAAUGGUGUAAUAAGUUGUGGAAUGCGGUGCGAUUUGCCAUGAGUAAACUUGGAGAUGAUUAUACCCCUCCAACAAAUAUAGUUCCAGAUGUUAUGCCGUUUAGCUGCCGCUGGAUUCUCUCCGUAUUGAACAAGGCCGUAUCCAAAACGGUGUCAUCCCUAGAUUCAUACGAGUUUUCUGAUGCUGCAAGCGCAGUUUAUUCAUGGUGGCAGUUCCAGUUGUGUGAUGUGUUUAUUGAAGCAGUCAAGCCUUAUUUCGCUAGUGACGAUCCAAAAUUUGCAUCUGCGAGGAGUUCUGCACAAGACACCUUGUGGGUGUGUCUAGAUAAUGGGCUGCGAUUGCUUCAUCCAUUUAUGCCUUAUGUUACUGAGGAAUUGUGGCAGCGCCUUCCUUCAUCUGGGGAUUGUACAAGGAAAGAUUCAAUCAUGCUAUGCGAGUACCCAUCAGUAGUAGAGUGUUGGACAAAUGAUAGGGUAGAGAGUGAGAUGGAUAUGGUUGAGUCUGCGGUGAAAUCACUAAGGUCACUCAGGUCAUUGAUGCCUGCAAAGGAAAGGCAUGAAAGGCGAGCUGCUUUUGCACUCUGCCGAACAGAUGCUGAUGAAGAGAUUGUCAUGAGCCAUGAACUUGAGAUUUCUACUCUUGCCACAUUGUCAUCCCUGAAGGUUCUAAGGGAGAAUGAUGCUGCUCCAGCUGGAUGUGCCGUAUCUGUGGUUAACAAAAACCUUUCUGUUUAUCUCAAGCUUCGGGGAACUCUUAAUGCAGAAGCGGAACGUGAGAAACUAAAGAAAAGGAUGGAGGAGUUACAAAAACAACAUGACAGCCUAACAAAGAUGAUUAGUGCUUCUGGUUACCAAGAGAAGGUGCCGCCUCAUAUUCGUGAAGAGAAUGAAGCAAAGCUUCGUACCCUAACGCAAGAGAUUUUAUCCUUUGAAGAAGCUAGUCAACACCUUGAACGUGAAAUUGCAGCAGAAGCAUCCGCAAAUGAUGAAUAAACCUCAAAUUUAUCUUAUCUAUAUUCUACCACAUGGGUCGAGUAGUUACACCACAAUGCACUGAGAGAAAAGCUUGUGGUUAACCAGUGUAUUCGUAAUGAUUCAAAUUCCAUCACAAGAAAUUGUUUAUGAUUUCAAAUUCCAUGUUGUCUUUGUCAAACAUGAAAUUUGCUGUCUGGUUUUUUUUUUUUUUUUUUUUUUAAUACUAGUGGUGAUUUUGUAAUGCUCCAAACUUCGUAUGUAAAUACAAAAACGUAGUCGAUACAA